UAUAAUAAAUAAAAAAGAAUAAACUACAAUACCCAGUGCGGUACUUAUAUAAACGGUCACAGUGAUAUGUAAAUGUUCUCGGCCAAAAAUAAGGCAAAUUUAUAAAAAAAAAAAAAACACAGUGCAAUUCACCGCUGCUCAUUUGCAGUUCGUCGCCCUCGUGUAUAUAUCACUGUCCGCUGUCACAGUUCUCGCAGUUACUGCCAUACUCGCCGCUGCUCUCAUCACUGUAACCGUCGCUGCUACUCUGGUCACUGCUGCUGCCGUCAUCGCCCGCUGUCGCUGCAAUCCCUACCGCUGGUUCUGUCGCCGCCAGGAAUGACCUGCACCUGCAUCCUUUGCAAAAGGAAAGUCAAGGCUUGCAAUAAGCCUAUACAGGUUCAUUGGACGCCGAGGAAUGCCGCGGAAAAUAUACAGCGACAACGCCACCAACUUCGUCGGCGCCGAUCGCAAGCUUCGCGAGCUGAGGGAUGCUUUCGAGGCCCAACAACCGGAAGUACAGAAAUACGCAACGGACGAAGGAUUCACCUUCGCCUUUAUACCACCCAGGGCACCGCACUUCGGCGGGUUAUGGGAGGCGGCAGUGAAGUCCGCCAAACACCUUCUCGUGCGCGCAAUCGGCAACGCGCUGCUCACCGCCGAAGAACUACAGACGCUGCUCGUCGAGGUCGAGGCCGUACUCAACUCGCGACCCCUGGUACCACUGAGUCAGGACCCGAACGAUGGAGAGGCCCUAACACCAGCGCACCUAUUAGUUGGGUGCCCCCCUCGAGCGCUGCCACCAGCCCAAGUAUCGAUGGACCCAAUGCGUUGCUGCGACAGAUGGCAACUUGUCUGUUGUCUCAAGCAACAGUUUUGGCGACUGUGGUCCAGGAACUACCUGUUGGGCCUUCAACAGAGGAACAAGUGGUUGCAUCCGAAACGCAACCUCGAGCUGAACGACCUCGUCCUGGUUCAGGAAGACAACACACCACCGCAGCAAUGGGUGCUCGGCCGCGUCGCCGCAAUCGUAACAGGGCAAGACGGCAAAGUCCGCGUAGCAGACGUGGCAACCAAAGCGGGCGUAAUUAAACGCCCCGUUCACAAGCUCGCCGUACUGCCAUCAGACGUUGAAGGACCAUGAGCCUUUCAAGGUGGCCGGUGUUACGCCAA